AUGAUCCUGACGGGCUGUGUGGCCUUCGCCCGGCACGUGGGCCCCACGCGGGUGGAGGCAGAGCUGCUGCCACAGUGCUGGGAACAGAUCAACCACAAGUAUCUGGAGCGCCGCCUGCUGGUCGCCGAGUCCUGCGGAGCCCUGGCCCCCUAUCUGCCCAAGGAGAUCCGCAGUUCGCUGGUGCUCUCCAUGCUGCAGCAGAUGCUGGCAGAGGACAAGGCCCACCUGGUGCGGGAAGCCGUGGUGAAGAGCCUGGGCAUCAUUAUGGGCUACAUCCACGAUGCCGACAAGUACUCACAGGGCUUCCAGCUGAUGCUGCUGUCACUGGGCGACCCAUCCGAGCGGGUGGUCAGUGCCACCCACCAGGUCUUCAUUCCAGCCUUCGCAGCCUGGACCACAGAGCUGGGUGUCCUGCAGAGCCAGCUCCUGCCCAGCCUGCUGAAGCGCGUCGAGGGCCUGCUGAAGGAGAGCGACCGUGGCCCUGACGAACACAAGCUCCACCUGCUCCUGUCUGGCCUGCAGUCCCUUAUCUCCCCACUGUUUGCCUUGGUGCUCCAGAGCGCCCCCUUCAGCGGCCAGGUGGAACUGCAGGACAGCACCCCGCCCAUCGAGGUGACACGGUUCCCGCGCCCAGCCUCCAUGCUCCAGGACGUGGCCACGAUCGUUGGCAGCCGCGAGCGCUUGGCGGUGCUGCUGCAGCUGUAUGACCGGCAGCUGGAGCAUGAGGGAACCAUGGGCUGGGGCAGCCUGCUCUGGGUGGUCAACCAGCUGUUACCCCAUCUCAUCGGAAUAGUGGGUCAGAUCAACGUCAGCUCCGCAGCCUGUGUGCACGAGUUCUCCAGGCUUUUCUGGAGGCUGUGCCGGACGUUUGGAAAGAUCUUCACAAACACGAAGGUGAAGCCACAGUUCCAGGAAAUCCUCCGACUGUCUGAGGAGAGUGUGGAUGCCACGGAUGGGAAUGAUGUUUUGACGAAGGGUACCGUGCCCAUCUACGCCACCGGGGUGCUGACAUGCUACAACCAGGAGGAGGACCGCAAGCUGCUGGUGGCCUUCCUGGAGGACGUCAUGAUGAGCCUGUCUCUGUCCCAUGCUCCUCUGGACAGCCUGAAGGCGGCCUUCAUGGAGCUGGGCGCCAACCCAGCGUACCACGAGCUGUUGCUGACGGUGCUUUGGUACGGCGUGGUGCACACCUCCGCCCUCGUGCGCUGCACUGCAGCCCGCAUGUUUGAGCUGUUGGUGAAGGGGGUCAGUGAGAGUCUAAUAGCUCAGAGGGUUGCCCCAGCCCUUAUCGCGCUCUCUGAUGAUCCUGAAAUCUCGGUUAGGAUAUCGACGAUACCGGCGUUUGGUACCAUAAUGGAGACCGUGACCCAGAAAGAGCUUCUGGAGAGAGUGAAGAUGCAGCUGGCGUCCUUCCUGGAGGACCCGCAGUACCAGGACCAGCAUUCCCUGCACAUUGAGAUCAUCCGGACGUUCGGAAGGGUCGGUCCCAACGCUGAGCCUCGCUUCAGAGACGAGUUCGUGCUCCCUCACCUGCACAAGCUGGCACUGGGCAACAAUGGGCAGACGGCCGAGGCCAAGCGGAUGGACAUCGCCAUGCAGCUGUUCGAGGCCUACAGCGCCCUCUCCUGCUGCUUUAUCUCCGAAGACGUGCUGGUGAAUCACUUCCUCCCAGGGCUGAGAUGCUUAAGAGUUGACAUGGAACAGUUCUCUUCUGAAUAUGAGGAUAUCCUGAGCUCCAUGAUUAAGGAAUGUGAGCAGAAAGUGGAGAACAGGAACUCACAGGAGCCACAGGGGUCCAUGUCGAUAGCUGCCAGCCUCGUGAGCGAAGACACAAAGACCAAGUUUCUCAGUAAGGUGGGUCAGCUGACGACUUCGGGCGCCAUGCUGGCCAACGUGUUCCAGCGGAAGAAGUGACCGGAAUGUGCCGCCGCCGAUCCCACGCUGCCCGGCCCCUCCUACUUGAACCCAAUACUCUGCCUUUUCUCUGUGUCCUUUUAUCGCCACAAAGUCAUUUGAAGCUCCAAAGAUAUUUGCACUGUGUUUAAUUCCUCUUUAUUUUGGGUUUUUAUCGUUAUAUAUAUUAUGUAACUGUAUUGUACACAUUUUCCGUGAUUUCCAGUCUUAUCUUUGUGUUGUAUGUAUGUUUUGAUUUAUCUAUAUGUUUUUUAUAUUACUCAAGUAAAUAACUGUACAAUUUACCGAAUUACAAGACCAUUUUAAACAUGUCCAAGUAAUAAAACUGAUGAACACUUGUGUACUUCCA